GCUCGCGAUCGUGGCGGUGUUUAGGAAUUUCUACUGGAUUUCGUCCUACGCAACGGCGCCGCGGUCGAUGCCUUCCUCGAUUCCACUCGGCUAUGAUCCGCUCAAGCUGCAGGAGAUGCACAGAUAGAGGCGAUGGAUUUGCUAGAACCAGGCGUUCCAGAGAUCCAGUGGGAAGAAAUCGCAGAGUGUCCUGUUAAGAGGCUCGAUGGGGCUGCCGUACAAAUCCGGAACCUCUUGUACGUUUUCGCUGGAUAUGCUACCAUUGACGAGAUACAUUCUCAUGUCAAUGUUCUCGACUUGAUGACAAACACUUGGAUCGACACUUUCGAUAUGCCAAAGGAAAUGGCUCACUCACACCUGGGAAUGGUCACGGAUGGACGCUUCGUUUACGUUGUUACUGGGCAGUAUGGCCCCCAGUGUCGAGGACCGACAAAUCUCAACUUCGUGCUGGAUACCGAGACAAAGUCGUGGGAUCGUCUUCCUCCACUUCCGGUGCCCAGAUAUGCGCCUGCAACACAGCUCUGGAGAGGAAGGCUUCAUGUCAUGGGUGGCAGUAAGGAGGAUCGCUGGGAGCCCGCGCUUGAGCACUGGAGCCUCGCUGUGAAAGACGGAAAGGCGGUAGAAACAAAGUGGCGAGCCGAGAUUCCAAUACCUCGAGGUGGUCCUCACAGGGCCUGCAUUGUUUUCGGUGAUCGUCUCUUCGUCAUUGGUGGUCAGGAAGGAGAUUACAAGCCCAAGCCCGGGUCUCCUAUUUUCAAAUGCUCUCGGCAGCGUGAGCGACGUCUACAUGCUAGAGAACGCCGCAAAGUCAUGGAAAGCCAUGCCGCCAAUGCCAAAGCCCGACUCUCACAUCGAGUUCGCGUGGGUGAUUGUCAACGAUUCCAUUGUCAUCGUUGGCGGCACCACGGAGAAGAAUCCAGUCACGAAAAAGAUGGUUCUUGUGGGGGACGUGCUCCAAUUCAGCCUCACGAAAAUGAGAUGGAAGAUCAUCGGACGCAUGCCGUACAGGGUGAAGACAACGCUGGCGGCUUUCUGGGAUGGAUGGCUUUAUUUUACAUCGGGGCAGCGAGACAAAGGCGUCGACGAUCCUGCACCGAAGAAGAUUGUAGGCAAGACAUGGAGAACAAAGUUGAGGCUCGUCUUAUGAGAACAGAGGGGAGAAAAAGCGAGCUCGAAUUAUUCCUGCUCACAUCAAAAGCGUCACAGACAAAAGAAAAAUUCUUUUUCCAAGGUUCGUUCCAGGAGAUUAUACCCCUGACUGACUGACUCGACUGACGUUUUUACUCACUUGCUCAUGGCUUGAGCGAAAGAGCUAGACCAACUUUGGUGUCCUUGUUCAGGGACUUCGUGUCGACUUCGCCAGAGAUCGUCAAGAGCGACUUCGG